UGAAGACUGAACAAUGCUUCGCAAGGGUAUCACAGAGAGCUUUGGAGCUGGGAUCCAUGCCCUCAACACCUCACAGCUGACAGAUGGUGUGAUUAACAGGAGCAAAAGGAUGAUGCUGGACACCCUCGGUGUCGGACUAUUAGGAACCAGAACAGCUGUCUUCAAUAAGGCUCUGAAGUACAGUCAGUUGUUCACAUCGCGGGAAAGGAGCAGCGUUUGGGGUCAAUCAGAUAUAAUUCUGCCUCCUCAUUACGCUGCAUUUGUUAAUGGCAUCGCUGUUCACUCCAUGGACUUUGACGACACUUGGCACCCUGCGACUCAUCCCUCGGGCGCCGUCCUACCUGCGCUGCUGGCCCUGGCAGAGACACUUCCCAGCCAGCCCUCUGGUCUGGAUCUCCUGCUAGCCUUCAAUGUUGGCAUUGAAGUUCAAGGCAGACUGAUGAGGUUCUCCAAAGAAGCCUACAACAUCCCUGAAAGAUUCCACCCUCCCAGUGUUGUUGGAGUGAUGGGCAGCGCUGCAGCCUCGGCUAAGCUCCUCGGUCUGUCCCCUGAACAGUGCAUUCAUGCUCUUGCCAUAGCAGCCUCCUCUGCUGGGGCGCCUUUAGCCAACGCUGCCACACAGACCAAACCUCUCCACAUUGGAAACGCUGCUCGGGGAGGCCUAGAGGCCGCUCGGCUGGCCCAGAUAGGACUGAAGGGAAAUCCAGCCAUACUGGAUUUGGACAGAGGGCUUGGUGUUUACUACAAAGACUACAGUCCCUCCGCUAUGGCGGAUUCUGCUGUGAGAGCAUAUAAAUGGAUUCUGGAAGAUCAGGACGUGGCAUUCAAACGCAUCCCCGCUCACCUCGGGAUGCACUGGGUUGUCGAUGCAGCUCUAGCAGCCCGGGAAAAGCUCCAAAACGCAGUCGGCAAAUUUGACCUCAGCCAGAUCCGGCAUGUCACACUUCGGGUGCCUCCAUCCAAGUACGUUAACUGCCCGUUACCUGCCACAGAACACCAAGCCAGGCACUCGUUCCAGUUCAACGCCUGCACCGCACUGCUGGAUAACAAGGUGACCGUGGCGUCUUUCGGCGACGCUCAAAUCGGCCGAUCCGCUCUGAAGGAGCUCCUGGGCAAAGUCAGCUUGGAGACGCCGGAAGAUAACCUGCCCAGUUUUGACAAGAUGUACUGCGAGGUCGAGAUAGCGACGCACCAGGGGCCGAGCUACACAGCCAGAUGUGACACUUUCUACGGCCACUGGCGGAAGCCGCUGACUCUGAAGCACCUGGUGGAUAAGUUCAGAGUGAAUGCUUCGUCUGUGCUGUGCACAGUGGGAGUGGAGGGGGUCAUUGAUGUUAUAGGAAACAUUGAAAGGGUGGCAGAUUGCUCAAUAUUGGGUUCAUAUCUGAGAAUGACAAGUAAUCAAGAGCACCUGGACAGAAUGAGGAUUUUGUAAUUACACACAUAUCUUUAUA